CACUCAAAGAUUUAGGAAGAGCAUCGAAGAGACAAGAUCGAGAAUAUGCGGUGAAAGAGCUGCGACCCUGUGGGCAAAGUUGAAGGAAGAGUGAAGAAACUUGGAGUGAAUAAAACACACAACAAUGUUGGUAUCCGUAUUACUGUUAGCAGCUGUUUCGAUGGCAAAGUCAAAUCCUUUUUAUGGGGAUUAUUAUGAAGGAGACCAAGUCCUUCGUGUUACCCCGGAUACAGAGAGUAAAGUCCAAGAUGUAAUGAAAAUUCACAAAGUUUCAGGCUUGGAAAAGUUGGACUCAUGGAUGCCGACGUUUCGUCCAAAUCAUCCAGCAGACUUCUACGCUAAGAAGUCUGAGCUUCCAAUCAUAGAGGAUUUUCUUACAAACAAAAGCAUACCAUACAGAAUCUUGAUCAGGAAUGUUACUAAAGCCAUCUGGAAACAGAGAACUACAAGAAGAAGGAACAGAUAUAAAAUGGGAGAAUAUGACUAUCAAAAAUUUCAUCCGUUAGCUGAGAUUCAUAGAGAACUGGAAAAAUUGGGGAGAGAAUACGCGAAUAUAAGCGAGAUAUUAAAUCUUGGAAGAUCACACGAAGGACGUGAAAUGAAGGCAAUUAAGAUCUUGGGCAGAUCGAAAAGAAGCAGAAAAAUAUUCUUUAUUGAAUGCGGGACACAUGCACGAGAAUGGCUUUCACCAGCUACAUGCAUGUGGCUAAUCAAGACGAUAUUAAAAGAUCGUCGUUCUGAAGACAAUCACAGUAAAAGAAAAGAGAAAAUGUGCAACAGAAUAGACUGGGUAAUUGUUCCCGUGAUAAAUGUGGAUGGAUAUGCAUACUCAUGGACAAAGACGGGAAGGUUUUGGAGAAAGAACAGACGCCGGCCAAUUAAUAGUAGUGACGAAUGUAUUGGCAUUGAUCUCAAUCGAAACUGGGGCUACAAGUGGGGAGGAAACGGUUCGAGCAACGAUCCAUGUUCAUCUUCUUAUCGUGGAACUGCUCCAUUCUCGGAAAUCGAAACAAGGAAUGUUGCAAAAUAUUUAUACAGAAAUCGCUGUAAUUUGUUGGGUUACAUUGGUUUACAUAGUUACAGCCAAUUCUGGAUGACACCUUGGGGCUACAAGACUGAACUACCCGAGCAUUAUAAUGAAAUGAAACGGGUCGCUGACGUUGCAAUCAAAGCAAUCAAAAUGGCACAAGGAGCAACAUACAAGGAGCCUGGGCCUUCUUCAGAGGUCAUAUACAGCAACACUGGUAGUGCAAAAGACUGGACGUAUGGUGUACUUCACGUGCAAUAUUCCUAUGGAAUAGAACUACGUCCAAGCUACGAUGGAAAGUAUGGAUUUCUCGUUCCAGCUGAUCAAAUCAGACCCUCUGGAGAAGAAAUAGUUGCAGCUAUCAAAAGCAUCUCAACUGUUCUUCACUUAUACGAGGGAAGAAGAUUGUUGAAUUCAAAACCGAGCAGCAAAACGCAUAAUCAUAAAAAUGAAAUGUGAAAUGAUAAUUAAAGUUCAGUUUCGAAACAAAAAUCUCGCGGAUUCUGUGGUUGCUUUGGGCACGCAACGGACAUUUAAUACAAGUAUAAAGUUAACGAGAAUUAUAUUUUAUAUUGGACGAGAUAAAAACAAGGUUUAUUGAAAAUGUUGAUGUAAACAUACUCCAGUAGCUUAAGCGGGAUAAAUACAAAUACGGUGAUGAUAGGUAAAGUCUGUGUAAAUGUGCAUAGCUAAAAAAAUAACACUCUCAAUCUUAUAUAAUCUUAUGUAAUCUUAUAAAAGA